AUGGGUCUGCGAUACAACACUUACCUCAACGGCAACAAAAUCUACGGCUGUCACAACUGCAAGGCACACCUUGCCGAUCACGAUGACAUCCUCAGCCGGAACUUCCGCGGCCAACACGGUAAAGCCUACCUCUUCAACAACGUCGUCAACGUCGACAACUCCGAACCCAACGAGCGUAAUAUGACCACGGGCCGGCACGUCGUGCGGGACAUCCACUGCCGCGGCUGCAACACUUGCGUCGGGUGGAAGUACGAUAAGGCGUACGAGUCCAGCGAGAAGUACAAGGAGGGCAAGUUCAUCCUUGAGGCGGAGCUGCUGUGCAUCGUCAGCUAG